AUGGAAGUUCCCGAUCGAGGGAUUGCGAGAGAGGGUGGUUUAACACUGGAAGAGGAAGCAUCGGGUGUUGAAAUCGAGUGGCCGAAUCUACAGACUGAACACGACAAUGAGAUACGGCAACCAGCAGAUGCGCAGGCGCCAUCUACAUCUGUGUACACUCGCAGAGGUACAACGUCGAUCCAGUGUGGUGUAAUUCACGCAGGAGAGACGGUGGGGGAGAGUGCGUCAGCAGAGAGGGUGACGAUAGAGGUAGACGCUGUAGGGACUGGGGAUGCAGAGAAGGUGCGGCGCAUCGAGCAUGAUACUGGGGUUGGACCGGGAGUGCCGGACCGAGAAAUGGUAGAGGCCGCCAGGGCUGAGGCUGCAGAGAAGGCGAAUGCAAUGGCAGAGGAGUUCAGACGGAUAGAGGAGGUGGAUCGUCGUGUACGGGAUGAGGCGGCCAGGGUGAGGGUCGCAGAGGGGCAACAAAAAGGGGUGGAGGAACGGCAGAGGACGAAUGCGGAAACAAACGCACGCAAAGAGGAGGGGGCGCGGCGAGCACUGGAGGCCGCAGAGAGGGCGAAGGCCGCAGAGGAGCGGAUAAAAUCGGCCGCGGAACGGCAGACGGCAGAGGCGAUAUCACGUAAAAUGGAGGAUGAGCAGCGUGCAGUAGAGGCUGCAGAACGAUCCAAGGCCGCUGAGGAGCAAAAGAGAGAGGAGGAGAAGCGGCAGAGAGAAGCGACUGCAGAGAGGGUGAGGGCGGAGGCAGAGGCGAUUAUUCGCAGAGAGGAGGUGGAUCGGUGUGCUAGGGUGGCGGCAGAGAUGGCGACGGCUGUAGAGGAGCAGAAAAGAGCGGAGGAGGAACGGCUGAGGGCUGCGGCCGCAGAGAGGAGGGCAGAGGCUGCAAAGAAGGUGAGGGAGGAGGCAGAGGCCAUGGUUCACAGAGAGGAAGAGGCGCGGCGUGCAAGAGAGGCGACAGAGAUUGCGAAGGCCGUAGAGGAGCGGAGGAGAGCUGAUGAGAAACGGCAAAGGGAUGAGGCCGGCGAGAGGUCAAGGGUGGAGGUAGAGGCGAAACUACACAGAGAGGAAGAGGCGCGGCGUGCGAGGGCGGAUGCAGAUAGGGCGAGGGUUGCAGAGGAGCUCUUGAGAGCGGAAGAGGAAGUGGCAAGGGCAGAGGCUGCAAAGAGGUUGAGGGAGGAGGCAGAAGCGAUCAUUCGCAGAGAGGAAGAGGCACGGCGUGCAAAAGAUGCGGCAAAAAAAGCGAAGGCCGUAGAGGAGCGGAUGAAAGCGGAGGAACGACAAAGGGAUGAGGCCGCCGAGACGGCCAGGGUGGAGGCAGAUGCGAAACACCGCAGAGAGGAAGAUGCGCGGCGUGCGAGGGAGUAUGCAGAGAGAGCGAGGGUUGUAGAGGAGCUCUUGAGAGCGGAAGAAGAACUGGCAAGGGCAGAGGCUGCACAAAGGGUGAGGGAGGAGGCAGAAGCGAUGGUUCGCAGAGAGGAAGAGGCGCGGCGUGCAAUAGAUGCGUCAGAGAGAGCGAAGGCCGUAGAGGAGCGGAUAAAAGCCGAUGAACGGCAAAAGGAUGAGGCUGCCAAGAGGGCCAGGGUAGAUGCAGAGGCGAAACUACGCAUAGAGGAGGAGGCGCGGCUAGCGAGGGAGGAUGCGGAGAGGGCUAGGGUUGCAGAGGAGCUUUUGAGAGCGGAAGAGGAAGUGGCCAGGGCAGAGACUGCAAAAGGGUUGAGGGCGGAGGCAGAAGCGAUGGUUCAGAGAGAGGAGGAGGCACGGCUUGAAAAAGUUGCGGCAGAGAGAGCAAAGGUUGUAGAGGAGCGGAUGAAAGACGAUGAACGGCGAAGGGAUGAGGCUGCCAUGAGGGCCAGGGUAGAUGCAGAGGAAAAACUACGCAUAGAGGAGGAGGCGCGGCGAGCGAGGGAGGAUGCGGAGAGGGCUAGGGUUGCAGAGGAGCUUUUGAGAGCGGAAGAGGAAGUGGCCAGGGCAGAGACUUCAAAAAGGUUGAGGGCGGAGGUAGAAGCGAUGGUUCGCAGAGAGGAGGAGGCACGGCUUGAAAAAGUUGCGGCAGAGAGAGCAAAGGUUGUAGAGGAGCGGAUGAAAGACGAUGAACGGCGAAGGGAUGAGGCUGCUAUGAGGGCCAGGGUAGAUGCAGAGGAAAAACUACGCAUAGAGGAGGAGGCUCGGCGAGCGAGGGAGGAUGCGGAGAGGGCUAGGGUUGCAGAGGAGCUUUUGAGAGCGGAAGAGGAAGUGGCCAGGGCAGAGACUUCAAAAAGGUUGAGGGCGGAGGCAGAAGCGAUGGUUCGCAGAGAGGAACAGGCUCGGCGGGCGAGGGAUGAUGAAGAGAGGGCCAGUGCCGCAGAGGAGCUCUUGAGAGUUGAGCAAGAACGGCAGAGGGCAGAGGCUGCAGAGCGGGUGAGGGAGGUGGAAGAGGUGUUAGCCCGCCGAGAGGAAGAAGGUCGACGUAGAGUAGCGGUAGAGAGGGCCAUGGUAGAGGCAGAGGCGUUACUACGGAGAGAGGAGGACGAACUGCGAAGGGAUGAGGCAAUUGUUGAGGCAGAGGCGAUACAACUUAGCGCGGAGGAGGUAAGAAUUGCAGUGGAGGAGCAGCGCAUUGCCACGAUGGGAGGUCGCCGAACCAUGGAGGUGCCUCGGCAGAAUGCAGACGUGGAAAUGGGAGUCGAGAGUGUUGUUACAUCGUCAGCGCCAGAGAGGGUACACGGGGAACAAGAACGAUCACGAGGGGAAGAGAGAGCAACUGCAGAGCUUGAGGAGAUGCGCCGCAGAUGGGUGGAUGAAUUGGAUUCUCGGCAACGACGCGAAGAGGCAGCGAGCAUGAGAGCUGCCGAAGAGCUGGCGCGUAUAGAAGCAGAACAGGAUUUGGCGGAAGCUGUCGAGCGGCUUAGGGCGCAACGAGAACACUGUAGGGCAGAGGGGGCAAGGGAGAGGCUACAGGCUGCAGAAAUGGCGAGGGUAGAGGCCGAGGCUUUGCGUCAGAUACUUGCAGAAGAGGCUCGGAGCGCACGGGAGGAGAAUGAACAGGAUAGUGCGGUGGAAGAGCACAGAGCAAACGCGGAGACGGAAGCUGCAGGGAAUGCGGGAAAUGCAUCUCGAGCAUCUGGAGCUUUGGAUGAUGAGACAGUACGGGCAAUCGCCGAGGAUGAGCAAAGGUUGGGAGACGCUGAACGGGAGCGAGCAGAAGCUGCAACGAUCGCCAUGCAGGAGGUGGAGAACAUGCGCCGUAGGUGGGACGAGCAAGGGGCCACGCGACGAGCAAGAUUGCAAGCAGAGAGGGUGCGUGUUCAACGGGAAGAGAGGAUGGCGGAGGAGGUGGACGGUGAUGAUGUGGCGAGGGCUACGCGUGACGCGAGUGAUAAGUUUCGCCACACCGGCCGCGAUAGUGCUAUGACGCAGACAGAUCGAGAGUGGGGGGAAGCCGAGAUCUUGCUGCGACGGAACGUCAUGCAAGGAGCGGCUAUAUUAGAGGAGACAGAGGAUGGGUUUGUAGAGGCGGGAUCAACCGGAGUUGGUGGCGGUGUGGCCGGAAUGUCAGAGGUCGUCCGUCGUCUUACCCACGUCGCGCAGGCGGUGGCCAGCAGCUCUGCACAACAGAAUGCCAGGAUUAGUGGCAACCUCCGCCAGCUCCAAUCUGCAUGCACGCGCAUUGCUCGGUGGACAGAGGACUACAACGAAGACGCUGAAAACAUGCUGCGGGAAUACAGAGAGGCGAAGGCGAUUGCAAUCAUCGAACGGCAGAGGGCAGCGCAGACACGCACGGAAAUCAACACUUCUAUCCAGGGGCUCCAUCGCAGAGUAGCCGAAUCAAUUCAGCGCGCAGUGGCACGGGAGUACGAGACGCUAUUGAGAACGAUGAAGGAGAACGUGAAAGAGGGGGUGGAUGCGGCAAUGGGUCGGGCGGCGAUGGAGGGACGGCUUAGGGUGGUUCUACCCAACGACUACAUGGAGACGAUGAAGAAGGCUGUGGUCGCCAACGUCCAAGAAACACUUGCUGACGUCAAAUCGGCGAUGGCUGAGAAUUGCCAGAGGCUAGAGGCUUUGAAAGCCGAAAUCAUGGCAGCGGUCGAUGCGAAGGUGUCUGGGAGGAUACAGGUCGGCCAAGUUCCGGCCGAUACACCACUCUCUACCAAUACGCUCACUGGAGGUAGGAUGGAACAACCCAACCCGACGUAUGGCCCGCAGAUCUCCCAACCUUUCGCGGGUGACAACUCCCCAGAUGCUGCGCUCGCGGCGGCCGCGAACAUGGUCGAGGGAUGGGGGUUUGCAGGCAGACAGGGGAGGUUGGAGUCGGAAGGACGUACAGAGACGGGAGGAGAACAGACAAGCGUUGAAAGGGAGGCGCAGAUGGGAUGUACAGAACACGGCACUGUGACCAAUGUGGGGCGGGUAGACAAUGAUGGAGAAAGGACGAUUGAAGAAAGGGCUAGGGAGGACGCGGAGCAACAGCGGCGCAAGGAGGAAGCGGAGCGGCAGAAAGCUCUAGAGGAGGCGGAGCGUACUGUUAGAGAGGCGGAAGAGGCGAGAGUAAGAGUGGAACAAGAACGGGUGGCGGCGCAGAGGCGAGCAGCGAGGGCAGCAGCACUUUCGAUGGCAGAGGCAAGGCGGAAGCGCCUUGAGGAGGAUGCUGCGAGGGAGAGGGCAGAAGCCGAAAUACGGCAAAGGGAAAUGGAGUUAGAGCGGCAGCGAGUGGAGGACGAGCUAGCGCGUUUGGCAAUGGAGGACGACCAGGAGAACACGGCAGACGAACGGCUGCAAAGUGAGAACGUGGCAGAACCAGUUGGAACAGUGACCGAUAGUCGCAAUGUAGAGGGUCUGCCGGAGCGGACAGAGGAGGAUUCGGAUGGAGGAGUGGAACGGGGAGAAUCUGCAAGAGGAGGUCCAGAUGGUGAGGCAGAUGGUGGCGAGGCCGACGGAGGGGGAAACUGGAUCUCGACCACUGCUGCCUAUCGACGCGCGAGAACCGACUGA